GUGCUCGACGACUUCAGGCCGGACGUGGCGCGGCCUGUCGCCGCCAUUCCUGAGGGGGAGGGCGUCGUCGAGCCGUGCUGGGACCCGCUGCUCAAUCCUCGAGGCCCCCGGAACCGCGGGCGCCUCGUCGACCUCCAUCGACGUCUCGCCGCUCGCGGGCUGGCGGGUGGCCGCCGUCGGCACAAGGCCUGCGUCAGUACCUUCUUCGUGGCGAAGAAGAGCGGGGACAUCCGCAUGGUGGUCGACGCCCGUCAGCCGAACCAGCUCCACAAGUUGCUCUCGCGCUCGGUGCUGGUGUCUGGCGAGGCGCGUGGAUCGAUCAACCUUCUGGGCGCGGUCGACGCGAGCCCCGAAGACCUCGCCGACUUCGACGGCUGCAACGAGUCGCUCUGCGCUGGCUCGGUGGACCUCAUUGACGGUGUCUCCCAGUUUGCUGACCCGUCCUGGGGGAGCUGGAUGUGCUUCGAUGUCCAGGUCACGGCCGACGAGCUCGGGAUCGGCACGAUCUAUGAUGAGAAGCUCAAGCGCCGGGUGCGCGUGGCCCCCGACGAGCCGAUCUGGCCGUGCUUCGCUGCGCUGCCCAUGGGGUGGGGCUGGGCGCUCUGGAUCUGCCGCGAGGUUCUCGUCGACGCGAUGGAUGUGGCUGGGCUCCCGCGUGGCGGCUGGGCGCCGUGCGUCGAUGACGGGAACCUCGUCUCGCUCGGCGCGUCGGCGAUCAGCGACGGGCUCGACGAGCUCACCGACGAGCUCGACAGGCGCGGCCUGCGCUGGCGCGAGCUGGAGCGAGCGCAGCCGGGGCUGGUCAUCCCGGGGAUAGUGCUCGACGGGCGCGAUGGGGGAGCUCAGGCGCCCCUCGAAGCGCGCGUGGCGGCUCUAUCUCUUGCUGCGCCGCGUGCUGCGGGGGCCCUGGCUGGCGCGCCGGCAGCUGCGGCGGAUCGUCGCCUGAUGCGCUACUUCUCGGUCCUGCGGCCGGGGCUCAGCGUGCUUGGUGCCUGCUGCGCGUUCAUCGGCGACGGCGAGCUGGCGCCCGUGGCCCGACUGCCUGCUGACGUGCUGGGGGGGCUCGCGACUGCGGCGGGCUUCGUCUUCUUGGCGGAGGGCUACGCGGUGUGCGAGGCAAGGCUGGGGCCUAGGGAGGUGUUGGCUACCGCCCGCUGGCGCGAGCGGCGGCGCUUCGUCGCUGCGGAGGCGGAGGUGGCGCCCGACGACGAGCUCUACGCGGGCCGUGCCGCGGGCUUCACUGACCAGUCGGAGCCGCUGUUGUUUGUGCGCGUGGUGUGUGCCGCGGCCUUCGCCGUGCCA